AUGUUUAACGUACCAGAAAAUGUUAAGGCGUGUGUUGAAAUUGACCCCUGGUUGAAACCGUACGCUCAGGUUCUCUCAGAGAGAAGGUACCUAGCAGAUAAAUUUUAUUACGAUAUAACGCAUGCAACUGCAGACGGGUCAGAACAGACUCUGUCCAAGUUUGCCCGUGAUGCGUACAAGUCCUACGGGCUGCAUGCAAACCCUCAAACGAAGGAGAUCACGUACAAAGAGUGGGCACCCAACGCUAAGAAUGCCUUCCUGGUGGGUGAUUUCAAUAAUUGGGAUAAGUAUGCUACACAGAUGACUGGGAAGGAUGAGUUCGGCAACUUCUACCUGACUUUACCACCAACUGACCAAAACGAGUUUGCGAUUCCUCACGACUCGAAGUUGAAAGUUAUGUUCCAAUUGGAGGAUAACUCGGAGAUCUUCAGAAUCCCAGCUUGGAUUACAAGGGCUACACAGCCUUCAAAGGAGACUAAGGAACAGUUUGGCCCAGCUUACGAGGGGAGGUUCUGGAACCCUCCAGAACAGUACCAAUUCCGUCACGAGAGACCCACUUUCAACGAGUCUAGGGACUCACUAAGAAUCUACGAGGCCCAUAUCGGGAUCUCGUCUCCUGACCCUAAAGUGACCUCUUACAAAGAAUUCACCGCGAAUAUCUUACCCAGAAUUCAGUACUUGGGGUACAACUGUAUCCAGUUGAUGGCCAUCAUGGAACAUGCCUACUACGCAUCCUUCGGGUACCAAGUUACUAACUUCUUCGCGGCCUCCUCGAGGUUCGGGACACCAGAGGAGUUGAAAGAAUUGAUUGAUACGGCCCACGGGAUGGGUAUUCUCGUUCUCUUGGAUGUCGUCCACAGUCACGCCUCCAAGAACGUAGAGGACGGGUUGAACAACUUCGACGGCUCAGACCACCAGUACUUCCAUUCCAUCGCUUCCGGUAGGGGGGAACACCCACUCUGGGACUCCAGACUGUUCAACUACGGUAGUUUCGACGUGCAAAGAUUCCUCCUUGCAAACCUCGCCUUCUACAUCGACGUGUACCAGUUCGACGGGUUCAGAUUCGACGGUGUCACCUCCAUGUUGUACUUGCACCACGGUGUCGGCGCAGGCGGCGCCUUCAGCGGGGACUACGACGAGUACUUGUCCAAGGAAAGAUCCGCCGUCGACCACGAGGCCCUAGCGUACCUGAUGUUGGCCAACGACCUCGUCCACGAACUGCUCCCAGAAUCAGCAAUCACAGUAGCAGAGGACGUCUCCGGAUAUCCAACUUUGUGUCUCCCAAGACACACCGGUGGGGCAGGGUUCGACUACAGACUCGCCAUGGCACUACCAGACAUGUGGAUCAAGAUUUUGAAGGAGAAGUCCGACGAGGAGUGGGACAUGGCAAACAUCGUCUACACACUCACCAACAGAAGAUACGCGGAGAAAGUGGUCGCCUACGCAGAGUCCCAUGACCAAGCGCUCGUCGGGGACAAGACCCUCGCCUUUUGGCUCAUGGACGCAGCGAUGUACACGGACAUGACGGUCUUGAAGCAGAGCACCCCGGUCAUCGACCGUGGUAUCGCGCUGCACAAGAUGAUCAGGCUGCUCACGCACGCACUUGGAGGAGAGGCGUACUUGAACUUCGAGGGGAACGAGUUCGGUCACCCUGAGUGGCUGGACUUCCCGAACGCCAACAACGGUGACUCGUACCACUACGCGAGAAGACAGUUCAACCUAGUUGACGACAACCUGCUGCGUUACAAGUUCCUGAACGACUUCGACAGAGCCAUGCAGUUGUGUGAGAGGGACCACCAGUGGUUGAACACGCCACAGGCUUACGUCUCCUUGAAACACGAGGUCGACAAAGUCGUCGCUUUCGAGAGGAACGGGCUGCUGUUCAUCUUCAAUUUCCACCCAACAAACAGUUUCACGGAUUACAGAAUCGGGGUCGACCAACCGGGCACGUACCGUAUCGUCUUGAACUCGGACCGCGAGGAGUACGGUGGACAUAACAGAAUCGACGAAAAUGUCAGGUUCCACACAAGCGAUUUGGAAUGGAACAACAGGAGAAACUUCGUCCAGGUCUACAUCCCCAAUAGAACCGCGAUUAUCCUCGCUCGGGAUCAGUAG